GAAAAAAUAAUAAUCACCUUUUAACAUCUGGAAAGGGCAUCGCCUCCCUCCCACUUUCCCUUCUCAUUUUUGUGCGAUUUCAAAUACCAAAUACAAAGGCGGUUUUUAAGUGUAGCCUGGGGACUUGAAUGGGGGGAGUUCUUGUAAGAGUUGGGGAGAAGCCUGAAAUCUGCUGGACAAAUGAGAAAAAAGAUCGUGAAAACAAACGGAAGGAAUAAACAAGGGGAAGCAUUUUCCUGGUCUAGAUAAGGACUCUCCAUUCCUUCCUUAGAUGUGUGAUUUUAUAGAGGACUGAUUACCUCUCAUUUCUGCCCUUGUUUGCUCUCAGCAUUUGUUAAUAGGAAACAGCUGUGUUUUACAAAUUGAUUUCCUAUUGGUUGUGACAUCGAAGGCAUAUUUAUUUUGAUACUUGAAACGAAGACGAAACUUUCUCAUCCAGAUAACUACAUUGUGCAAAAGCAGAGUGAAGACAAGAGUAUUGUUUACUAAUAUUUGCCUGUUUGCAGGACACAUGGGAAAUACGAUUUGACACUGAAGAGAAUAUAUUGUGCUUCAGGACAAUUAAUAGUUUUAACAUUCAGCCUACUUCAUUCGUGAAUGUUCAUCUUUUAACCUGGAUAGUUAACAUCCUCGUAUGAAUUGGAUUUUUGCCAUUAGAACAGAAGCCAAAUGAUGUGUUUCCAAAUGUACUGGAGGGUCUAUUGAAAAAGAGCUAGAGAGACUAUUAUAAAAGCUGGGUUUCAUUCUUAUGGAUGCAUUAUUUUCCAAAUACAUUAUCACUUUGAGGAAGUGACAGAUUUUCGUUCUUUAUAAGAUCUCAGAAGCUGGAUAUAGCAUUUUAACCCCCUAUUGAUUCUAACAAUUUGGAAAAUGGGAGCUGCUACAAAGCUGGUGUUUGCUGUUUUUCUUAUAUCUUGUUCUUCAGGUGCCAUACUCGGCAGAUCAGAAACACAGGAAUGCAUCUUCUACAAUGCUAAUUGGGAAAAUGAUAAGACAAAUCGUAGUGGCAUUGAACUGUGCUAUGGUGACAAAGAUAAAAGAAGACACUGCUUUGCAACAUGGAAGAAUAUUUCUGGAUCUAUUGAAAUUGUGAAAAAGGGUUGCUGGUUGGAUGAUAUUAAUUGUUAUGACAGAACUGACUGUAUAGAAAAGAAAGAUAGCCCUGAAGUGUUUUUCUGCUGCUGUGAGGGCAACAUGUGCAAUGAACAUUUUUUCUACUUUCCAGAGAUGGAGGUUACACAACCUACUUCCAAUCCUAUGCCAACUAAACCACCUCUGUUUAGUACCUUGCUUUACUCUCUUGGACCUAUAAUGGGAAUAGCAGUGAUUGUACUCUUUUCAUUCUGGAUGUACAGACACCACAAAUUAGCAUAUCCUCCAGUACUUGUACCAACCCAAGACCCUGGACCACCUCCUCCAUCCCCAUUGAUGGGCUUAAAGCCAUUGCAGUUACUAGAGAUCAAAGCUAGAGGAAGAUUUGGCUGUGUCUGGAAAGCUCAGCUGUUAAAUGAAUACGUUGCUGUGAAAAUAUUCCCAGUGCAGGAUAAAGAAUCAUGGCAAAAUGAAUAUGAAAUAUACAGCUUGCCAGGAAUGAAGCAUGAAAAUAUACUACAGUUCAUUGGUGCUGAGAAACGAGGCACUAGUAUUGAUGUUGAUUUGUGGCUAAUAACAGCGUUUCAUGAAAAGGGUUCACUUACUGACUUCCUGAAGGCUAAUAUAGUUUCAUGGAAUGAACUCUGUCAUAUAGCUGAAACUAUGGCAAGAGGUUUGGCCUAUCUCCAUGAAGACAUCCCUGGUCUAAAAGAAGGGCAUAAACCAGCUAUAUCCCACAGGGACAUCAAGAGCAAAAAUGUGUUAUUGAAAAAUAAUUUUACGGCAUGUAUUGCUGAUUUUGGACUUGCUUUAAAAUUUGAGGCUGGGAAGUCAGCUGGUGAUACUCAUGGUCAGGUUGGUACCCGAAGAUACAUGGCUCCUGAAGUAUUAGAGGGUGCUAUAAACUUCCAGCGAGAUGCAUUUUUGAGAAUAGACAUGUAUGCGAUGGGAUUAGUUCUGUGGGAAUUGGCAUCACGAUGUACAGCAUCAGAUGGACCCGUGGAUGAGUAUAUGUUGCCUUUUGAGGAAGAAGUGGGUCAGCAUCCUUCUCUGGAAGAUAUGCAGGAGGUUGUGGUACAUAAAAAGAAGAGGCCUAUUCUGAGAGAGUGUUGGCAGAAACAUGCUGGAAUGGCAAUGCUCUGUGAAACAAUAGAAGAAUGUUGGGAUCAUGAUGCAGAAGCCCGAUUAUCAGCAGGCUGCGUAGAGGAAAGGAUUAUCCAAAUGCAAAGACUAACAAACAUUAUAACAACAGAAGACAUUGUGACUGUGGUCACCAUGGUGACAAAUGUGGAUUUUCCUCCCAAAGAAUCCAGUCUAUGAUAGAAGCAGCGGUCACUCUCCUUGACCAAUAAGACUCAGCACUGGAACUGCCAAGUCAACUGGCCUAUUUCUGGUCAGUAAUUUUCAGCAUUAAAUGAUGGUAAGUCCGUCUCUGAAGUGUCAGUAGGAAGAUUCCUCUUUGUUUUUCUCCAGUCUUGGAUCCAGAAGACUUACUGCAUAUGCCGGAGAAAAUGGCAAGAUAACGUUAAACGUACCUGAAGAACAUGGACCUAUCUCGGCUUGUUAGACAUUUUAAAAACUGACAUUGUAUUUCUUAACAUGUCAGACUAAUUCCUUAAAAUGAACUACUGCUAUUUUUUUUAAAUCAGACAUUUCAUUUCAGAUUUAAGAAAAAGGGUAACUUGUUUUUAUUGCAUUUGCUGUUGUGUUUAUAUAAAUGACUAUUGUAAUGCCAAUAUGACACAGCUUGUGAAUGUUUAGUGUGCUGCUGUUCUAUGUAAUCAAAGUGGGAUCUAGCAAAAAGGCUUCCAAGCAUUACUUAACCUCCCUCAACAAGGUAUACCUCAGUUCCACCUAUGCUAAAUUGAAUUGACAACACUAAUAAAACUGAAAUAAUAAAUUGAUCCAGAUUUUGUAAAUGAUGCAUUUUAAAAAAAAAUCCAUGGUGUAUUUUUUAAAGGUUAUAAGCUGUGCUUCAUGCCAACAGUCCAUGGCCAUUCCUAAAAUGGUGUGUUAGUCUUUCCUUGUUCUAGCUUAUGUAUAAAAAUGUAUUGCCUUUUCAAUGAUGAUUUCCCCAAUUAGUUAAAAGCUUUAUCUCCAGUUCCCAAAAUAGUGUAUACACUUAUUUUACUAAAUAGUUAGGUUUGCUGUGUCUGAUGGGAAUUUGAAAAUUUAAGCAUGAUUUUUUAAAUUAUUAUUUUAUUGAGCUCUGGCACUGGAAAGCUCUUAACCUUAAUUCUUUCAGAGAACUUUUUUGCUGUUUCAUGUAUAUUUUGUCUAGUGUUAUUUUCUAUUUCACUAAACAGGACACAGUGGGUUGAUCCACACAGAGACACAUGCAACAAGAUGGUGGAAGCUACCCUUCCUUCCAUUCCCCUCCCCAGCAAUCCAGCCUCUGCCCCGUGCAAAAGGAGAUCAGAAACUCCUCUAGCUAUUUUUUUUUGGGGGAGGGGUGCGCUGCUGUUGAAAGGAGGUGGCAGGGGGAAUGUUUCCAACCACCCAGUGUGUAGGUCCAGCCUUGGACAUAACUCUAUUCCCACUGUGUUGUUGUUUCAGGAUCACCUCAGGAAGCUUUAUGACCUUGAACUCUACACAUUUUAUAUCUGUUGCCUUUUUGUCGUUUCACAUCACUUGAUGAUGAUGAUGAUUAUUGGUGCCGGCUUGUCAGAGGAACAUUGAGCGGUGAUACAUAAGUUUAACUUUUGGUCAUUAAAAAAUGA